CUGUCUGUAAGCGUAAGACAGCUGAAGACUUUCAGGAGAACACAGAAUAUACAAGACCGUACGGUUGGACGCAUUACCAGUCUUCGAUCAAUUUAAAAGAAAACAUGGCCGAUAGCAAAGAGAUUGUCAUCAGUGGAUCCACAUUGAGUCCAGACUUCAUCCAGGAGCUUCUUCCAGCUGUGGAGCAAACGGCUCUCCACUAUCAUCUGUCAUUCUUGUGUCUGGGAGGCUUCCCACAGCUGGAGCGUAUGAUCAGAGACCAAGCUCUUAAAACACAAAUGCUGUUCGGAUCCUCUGAGGCUGUUCUGCUGAAGUGUGCCGGCACGAGUUCCAACCUGGUCACCUCGCUGUUCCCAAUACUGAUAAAAGCUGUUGAGAAGAACAAACCCAAACUGGCUGUGAUCUACCUGGAGAAAGCCAAAACAUGGAUCGAGGACAUCAUCAGUGCCGUGGAUGACAUGGUGAAGAGGUAUGAACAACAAACCAAAAGUGUGAAAACAUGCACCAGUGAUGUGUAUGAAGAACAGAACCAGACUGAAGGAAAACUAAAGGAACACACUGUCGAGAUGAAGGCUCUGGAGGAUGCUCUGGCCAAGCUUGAACUGGAGCUGAACAAAAAUGUCAAUGAUAUUGAGGAAAUUCAGGAAGAAAUUGAAAAAAGCACCCAAGAGCUGCAGGAUCUGAUCAUAAAAAGUGCAAAAAGUCAUUCUUAUUUACAGGUCUUGUUCGGAUAUAAUCGAAAGUAUAACAAUGCUGCUAUUCGUGCUAAACAAGCUGAACUGACCCCUCUUGUCCACGAAAUGGACAGUCUGCGAAAACAAGGGUGGGACAUCAAAAACAAGCAGAUUGAUCUUCAGAUGAAGUUGGCCAUUUGCAAUAUACAACAGGGUGAGAUUCCCAGUCCUGUCCACCUGACGGAAGUCCAGAGGUGUCUUGAUCAAAUCCGAAAAAUUCUGGUUGAUCUUAAAAAUUUCUGGGAGAAAGUGUCUUUUACGCUGGAGACACUGAAAGACAAGACCUUUGCUGGAGAUAAACUGAUUGAAGACCUGAAAGACAUGAAGGAGGAGUUUCUGAACUCCAUUGAAGACGCAAAACAGUACUGGCAGACAUUUGGUGCAGGCUGUCAGAGGGCACAGAACAUCUUCAGCAUGCAGUCUAGGGACGCAUAUAAAUUCCUGGAGAUCAAUCCGUCUUCACUCUCACAGGAUGAAAGGAAUAAGCAGUACACGUCUAUCAUGGAGAAGCUGAAGAAGAUCAAUCCUCAGGGCUUGUGCAAAGCCGCCAUCACUGAGUGACAGACAGAGAUCUGAUGCUUCCUUUCACACUUUAAAUGCUCUUUAUAAGGCAUACACAUAUUAAUGCAUUUAAUGCAGCUUAUAUUGUCAUUUUUGUAAUACUUUGUAAUCUUUACAACUGUUCUUGCACAUGUUCAAUUACAGUUAUACAUAUAUA